UGCAUAUUUAGAUCUGGACCACCCUAUACUGGGAAAGUGGCCCGAACCUACACUCUGGACAUCUGAUAGUUCAUGAGCCGAACAGGAUCAGCGGAGAGAAGAGACACAGACCAAAACUGAAGGGUAACAGAUGCAAGUUUAUUUACAAGAAUGCUGUACAAAAAAAGACAGUAGUGUCAGGUGGGCUUUGUUUUAUAGUCCUUCAGCGCUAACACUCCUUCAAAAAGUAAAUAAAAACAAAAAGAACAAAAAGAAAGAAUGAUGUAUUUACAGCAAAAAGAGUGCACUCCUACAAAAACUACAUACACGCAUACUUCAAAAAUGAAGGUAGUCCUCCUUCUUUAUCCUUGGUUCAGGAAGCUCCCCCAAGGGGAAAAAAAUGCAUAAAAAAAAUUAAAUGUGUGUAUAUACAAAAAAAAAAAACAAACAAACAAUUGUACCAAUCCCAAAAGAAAAUUCUACCAAAAUUAUCAGUCAGAGAGAUAUAUGUACAAGAAAACAUUUACAAAGCUAUCAGAUGACACAACUGCUACUUCAAUAGCUCAGCAGUGCUUAACUCUACCUCGCCUUUAGCUCCACUGAUGACCCCUGUUGGCCGGCAACUCCUUAAAUAUAACUGGCAAGAUUAUCCAGCCAAUCUAACACCCUCCAUCUACCCCACACACCUAUCCAGGUAGACAAUGGCAUGCUCACACCACAUGCCGAGACACAGCGGUCGCAACAUUCUAUUUAAAAUCGAACCCCUGCUGGUCACACGCACACAUAACUACCCUGGAUGACGAGUAUGCUGACCUCAGGCACACCAGUUGCCGACUCACCAGUAAGUAACCUUAUUUAUUUAGCAUUUGGGAAUCCCCAUUUCUGACUUAACCUCAGUGGCAAAGGCAAAUGCCAUAUUUUUGUUCCAGGCACUCCAUACCUUUAACUGCUUGUGAUGAGCAGGCUGUGAGGACACUGGCAUGUGAAAUUGAACACUUGCAGAGGAGCCAUUAUACUGGCUCCAAGUGUGCCCAGACCUGCUGUGUCACUCAGCGCGCACCCACUGUGACUGCUCCAUGUUCCCACAGCAGCACCUUUAACACACACAUGACUUUUUACAUGAUGGAAAUGAUGGAAGCCAUGAGCAGCUUAAUAAUGCUUUGAUGCCACCUGUGGAUGAUAAAGAUGGAAAAACUACAGAAUUAGGUGAAGACAACAGCAGUUCAUUGUCAGAUGCCUUUAAGAAAAACAAAGAUCGUCCUACUUUUAGUGCUGCUGCAAGACUUUCAGCCAUGUUGAAUGCAAAGGAUGAAAUAUAUGCCAAUUCUAUGGUCGUGGAGCAGGUUAAUGAUCUAAAUAUCAAAUAUAGUUCUCAUGAGGUCAAUAGUGGAGCCAGUCAGCAAGAGAAAAAUGCUUCAGACCAAGGAGAGAUGUAUCACCUACAAAGUGCAGAUCAAAUCCUAGAAGAAAUGCCUUCAACAUCUAAUCACAAUCUGGGGCACUUUCAUGAGAAUAUGGAUUUAACAGACAGAGAUACUAACACAGAGAUUGUGCCCCCUAUCUCACCUGUUAAUCUGGCCCUGCAAAGACUGAAUAUGACACAUCGGACUCAUGGAUUUAACCAAGGAGGAAGUCAGUGUGAUAGCAAGAUAAACAAACAAAGUCACAGUUCUGAUGGGCUUGAUUGUAAUAGUGAAGAAGAGGAUAAUGUAGAGGGGUCACUGCCAUUCGAUGCCUCACCAUCUCCCAAAUCUACACCUGUUCAGCAGACAAGCAGUGGAGAUGAGUUGGACUACUUUGAAAUAUCCCCAGAGUAUGGUGGAAAUAGAAACAGGUCGAUUUCUUCAGCCAACAAAGCUUUUGCAAAGGAACUUAUGGAAUCUGGACUUCGGCUGAGAUCUUAUUCAUAUUCUUCUCCUAAAGUAUCCAUGACCAUGCCAAACUUCAUUCGGGACUCUGGCGCUGCGAGCCACACAGAAGAUGGAGUAUUCAACCACAGUGGGAGAUCCCUUCUGCAGGCUCUUUCUUUGUCUAAAUCAGUGUCUCUCCUUCACCCUGGUAAGCACCGUACUUACAGUUUACCAGAACACCCAAAAGAAAAAAGAAUUGAAGAAGAAGAGUGGGAUAAGUAUAUCAUCCCAUCAAAGACAGAAUCUGAGAAGUACAAAGUGAGCCGCACCUUCAGCUUCUUGAAAAACAGGAUGUCAGGCAAAAGGGAUAAGAAGGGAAAGAACAAGGAAAAAGAUGGAAAGGACAAAUUAAUCCAUGGCCACCAGUUUGUAAGUGGCUCAUUUUCUGGACCUACUCUCUGCUUGGUGUGUGACAAAACCAUUAUUGGGAAAGAGCUUUUUCAGUGUUCCAACUGCACGAUUAAUAUCCACAAACAGUGCAAAGAAAGUGUUGCACCAUGUAUUAGGAGGCUGAGCACGUCAGUCAAAAACAAGCCAGUGACCACUCCACAGUCUUCAUCAGCAAAGGAUGUUCCUCUUCCAUCUCCUCCAACGAACAGUUGGUCUUCCACUAUACCCAUAGGAAUAUCCAAAGAUACAAGACGAGAAUCCUACUCUCAGAAUAAUCUACAUUCAAAGAAUGCGUUUGGCCCCUUUAUUGACCGGAAAUCUAACGACAUCAUGGAUUCUGAUGUAGACAAUAACAGUUCAAAAAGCUGGUCUCAGUCUGAGGAAAUGCUUCAAGUAAUUGGAACAUCUCCCUGCACAGAUACAUUUCCAUUGGAAGACAUGAUUGAUUCUCCUCUAAGAAAUGACAUUAUGGCAGAUACAGUGGAAUAUGAGGCAGAGUCAUGGAGCUUGGCAGUUGAACCAGAAUUCUGCAGCAAGCAGGAAAAAUCGAUUAUUAAAAGACAGGAUGUUAUUUAUGAACUGAUGCAGACAGAAAUGCACCACAUCCAGACCCUGAUGAUCAUGUCUGAAAUCUUUAGAAAAGGAAUGAAGGAGGAAGUGCAGUUAGAUCACUGCAUUGUGGAUCGUAUCUUCCCUUGCCUGGAUGAACUGUUUGAAAUUCACAAGAGUUUCUUCUCCUUGAUGACAGAGAGACGACAGGAGUCUAUGACAGAGGAUAGUGACAGAAAUUUUGUAAUUGAUAGAAUUGGUGAUAUUCUUUUGCAACAGUUUUCAGAAGAAAGUGCUGUCAGAAUGAAACAAGUUUAUGGAGAAUUUUGCAGUCAUCAUAUCGAUGCUGUAAACUUUUUCAAAGAGCUUCAGCAGCAAAACAAGAAAUUCAACAGUUUUAUCAAACAACAAAGCAACAAUUUCCUUGUCCGACGGAGAGAAAUUCCUGAAUGUAUCUUAUUGGUGACUCAACGACUCACAAAAUACCCAGUACUGUUGGAGAGGAUUUUGAAAUAUUCCAAAGAAGGCUCCGACGAACAUGCAGACCUGACAAAAUCCUUGGGACUAGUAAAGGAUAUUAUUGCUGCAGUUGAUUUAAAGGUUAAUGAAUAUGAGAAAGAGCAGAAGUUGCUUGAAAUCCUCAGUAAAAUUGACAACAAGACAUUUGCCAGGCUUAAAAAGGGAAACUUCCGGAAGCAUGAUCUGAUGAACAGAAAGCGGGUUCUUCACCAUGAAGGAGUUGUUUUCUGGAAAACUGCCACUGGAAGAUUGAAAGAUAUACUGGCUCUACUACUUACAGAUGUUUUAAUAUUUCUACAAGAGAAGGACCAGAAAUAUGUAUUUGCUGCAGUGGAUCAGAAGCCACCAGUCAUUCCAUUACAAAAACUAAUUGUAAGAGAAGUAGCCAAUGAGGAAAGAGGAAUGUUUUUGAUUAGUGCCUCCACUUCAGGUCCAGAGAUGUAUGAAAUUCACACCAAUACCAAAGAGGAGCGCAACACCUGGAUGCGACUAAUUCGAGAAGCUGUGGAAAGUUGUCCACAGGAAGAGGAUAAGGAAGGUGAAACUGAAGAAGACAGACAGAUGGCAGAGGCAAGGAUACAGAAGAUACACAAAUAUCAGGAAAGUUUGCAUAGUCAUGAUGAACAAAUUUGCCAAAGUCUCGAAGAGAAAUUGAAUAUAUACAGCAAGCUCACAGCCCUGAAUUUCCCUUGUCAGCCUGUCCAAGAGCAACACUUACUGAUCAAACCUGACCCAGAGGAGGUGCCACAGGCAGCUGCCCUUUUGACAACUGCUAUCAAAGAGGCUGAAAGACUACUUAGUACACUUACUUUGGAAUCCUUCUGUUCUGAGGAGAGUAUUGGAGUGUCAGAUUCAUCAGUAAAACUGCAAGAUUCUGAAAGUUGUGAGAGUAUUCCAGAAUUUCCACAUGAAUCCGUAAAAUUAAAUGCCCAAAGUUCUUCCUCUUUGACAUCUGAAUUUGAAGUACGGGAAGGUGAAUUGUCAUACCCUCAUCAGUAUGUACCAGAAGCACUUAAUGAAUUUCAGCCAGGGGGCCUCAACCAUUUGGAACUGAAGGUGGCACAAAGUGUGCAGAGUUUGUUACAGCUCAUAUACAGUUUACAGGCUGCAGUGACAAUUCAGGACAGUUGCUUUGAAGUUCAGAAGCUCCUCCUUCAGGAAACUGAACGACUGCCCAGAUAUUUUUGUGGUCGUGGCAAUCUUUUGCUGGAACAGGGGAGGCAACGCAACAUGGAGAAGCACCGAGAAGAACUGGCCAGUGUACAACAACUGCAGAGUCAGCUGAGGCAGGAGCAGCAACGCUGGGAACGUGAGUGUAGUCAACUUCAGCGACAGCAAGUAGAAUUGGACAAUGAAUUGGAGCAGCGAGAACGGAACUGUGUUUUGCAAACAGAGCAGUUACGACGAGACCGGGAAGAUCUAGAAAAUCAACUGAAGGAAUAUCAACAGAAUCUGGAAAGAUUGCGAGAAGGACAACAACUGGUAGAAAAGGACAGGGAAGAAUUAGACAAGCAGCAGGCGCAGCUGCACGGCUGGAAACACAAGCGGCAAAGUAGCCUCCCAGUUAUGAUUACAUUUCCUCUAGCCAAAACACAGGUGCCUUCUCAUACCCGGAAAGAAAGUUUAGAUGUUCGUGGUUGUGGCUCCAUUUAUGUGAAUGAAGCUGCCUUUCAGAUGUCACUGAAUAACCACCCAGAGUCCAGUACCUCUGUACCCUCCGAUACUUCCAGUGUUCAUAAUAGUUUGAACUCCCUGAUUGCAGAAGCCAACAACAUUGUAAGUGAUCACAGAACUGAAUACCUUUACCAACCACAAAUUUCCUACAAUGCAAAUGCUUGGCCAUCAUGUACCCAGCAGUGGAUACCCACUCAUCCAGUCACUCCACUAAGAGGAGACCUAGCAGGACCUAACAACGAUAUCAGUGGACAUAUGUUUGAUGCAAGCCAAUCCAUGCCUGGACAAAGUGUUGCAUCAAGUUUAAGUCAACAGUUUUCACAGUCUUCAGCAGUUAAAUUACAGAUCAAUCAACAGACAUACAUCAGUGUGGAACCAGAAAAUGGACUAGAUGGGAGUGAAGAAAAUAUUGUUUACCUCUGAUAGUCUUUGCUGAGAAAUAAGACUGUUUUCUUACACUUUGUAAUUUCAACUUGAUUGAUGUUUAUGGGAAAUAUUUAUACAUCUUAAGAAUACUAGUUUACUUCUAUAAAUAAUUGUAACUCUUGUAAGUAUGUGUGUGUGUGCAUAUAUAUAUAUUUACAUAUUACAUGUUUGUAUGUAUGUAUUAAUGAAUGUGUGUGUAUAUAUAUAGAGAGAGAAAGAGAGAGCUUCUUUGUGCUGUGAAUGACUGGCAUGUUCAGAUUUCAUUCUUUUGUCAUCUUGUAUUGAAAUGCUAAUACAUCAGAUAGCCAAGGAUCUACCUAAUUGCAAAAAUACAGUACACUGUAAAUGUGUGAUAUUAAAUUGGAAUCAGGUUAAAAAAUUGAAAUAUUUUCAAACUUGCUGCUUGUAAUACUAUUUUUGACCUGGUUCUCUUUUCACAUCUAUCUUUCAUUUAUCUAAAAUAUUAUGAACACACUUUUAACUUGACGUCAAUUCCUUUUGAUUUUUCACAAUUCUAAGUGGCUAAUCACAGUCACAAAGUUUUCAGGAAAAUGUAACAACAAACACUUGAAGCAAAACAUCUUAUCAUAUAUGCAUGUAUAUAUGUGUAUUUGUGUGUCUGUAUGUAUCAAUGUCUAGUUCUGGAACUGUAAAAAAAGCUUUCAAAUAAGUACUAAAUUCUAUGUAUAUAC